AUGGAAAGCAUCCCCACUACUUCAACUUCUCUCUUCAACAACAAGGCUAACAAUUACUUCUAUGAAAACACUGAAUACAACAAUGAUAACUCUAAUCUCAUCAACACCUACAAUAAUGUUAUCUUCGAAUCAUCCACUUUCAGAAAUCAACAACAACAAAAGCGUUCAGAAGUGUCCUAAGAAAAACUUGAAAAAUUAAGAUCCCUUCAAGACAAGGUAGACAUGCUCGAAGCCGAAAAAGAAUCAUUAGUUAACUAGAUCUACGACCUCAGAUAACUUCUUUAAAAAGUCAACUAAUAAGGGGAAAAGAAAGUCAGCUAUAUCAAGAAUAAGAACGCCUCACUUAGAUCACAAAAACAGUCUUUGUUGCAAGCACUCGAAAUUUCUAGGUCUAGUGCUACUCAUCUUGAAAACAUUAGCUCUUAUUGGAGUUAUAAUAUAUUGCCUUAUUGUGAUGAUUGUGAUGUCUCCCGAGAUUAUGAUUCAGCUAAAAACACUAGCUUUGGCAGCAACUAAGAUAUACCAUCUUUAUCAACUUUAUCAUCCUGUCACUCGUCGUAAAAGUCUACUGAGUGCGCCUCAGCAAUGAUGCGUUGUUUUGAGAUGGAACCAGAGUCUGAACACUUUAAACUUCAUGAUCAACAUCUUCUGUGUAUUCAACCUUAAGCUAAUAAGUUUAUUUGUGCCUAGAGUAAUAAUAAGUUUAGUGAUAGAAGAAGAGGCACUCAAGGGUCAUGGCAAGUAGCAGAUAAAGUCGUAGAUGUGAAAACAACAAAAACAGUUGCUGCUUCCACAUUGACAACUUAACAAUGA